AUGAAGUCACCCAUCGCCCUCCUCAGCCUCUUCCUAUUCGCCCAGACCAUCUCGGCUGGGAGGAAGCGAAGAACGAAAGAAGAAGCCGAAGCUACGAUUCUCGAACACAAUACAAACCUUUCAGGCAAGUGUGAUCCGGAGACGCAGAUAUGCCACGUUGGAUGCUGGAGAAUGAGAAUCGACAAGGGCUACGUGUCGCAGGCGCUGGAAGUGGCGACCUAUUAUUUGCCGAGAGAGGUCAAGCGAGCAGCGACAUGUCCAGAUUCCUCGUGCGUUACGGGGGUUUGUUGGGCUUCCUGGCCAGAUUGUGACAAGCUGCCGACCUGGGUGAAAUGCGCAUAG